CUUCCCGUCAAUUACGUCGAAAAGUUCCAUAUGCUGGCCAUUUAAUGACCCCCCGACGACUUUGGUUGAAUAAAAUACCGACACAAUGUGAUGUUGUCAUCGAGUUUCCAGAAGAUGCGCCUAACGAUGCUCUUCGUUGGCUUCUCUCUCGAUUGCGUUGUCAACCACCUUCGGGACUUGGAUUGGUUGUACAAGUAAAGGCUCACGAAAGUACACGCCGGAAUGCUUUCUACAUUAGUGCACCAACGAAUGUACUAUUUAAAGCCGCCGAAGAAGCACGAUUACCGAAACGCUUACGUCCUGACCUAGGUGGUGCCUUACGUGAAUUCACAACACGCGAAAGCCAUUGUUUUCAGCAAAUACUAACCGAAGAUGGAAGCAGUGCACUUUUCACAUCGCAAGAACGGCAAUGGCUGGUGCUGCAGGUACUACAAGGCCUCCGUGCCAGUCAGGCGGAUAUUGAGGCACUGCAGGGCCGUGCAACUGUAGCCGAAGGGCAAAGCAUCAUUGCAGCCUGGCAAGAGACUGGUCUGAUUGUGCAGGUUUUUCCGCUACAUGAAACCCGCUCACUGGCGCUGCUACAAAACAGUUGGGUAAAACAGAUUUUUGCCCCGCAACCACUUGAUGAUAUAGCUGAAUAUUUUGGUGUGAAAGUAGCACUUUACUUUGCGUGGCUAGGCCAUUACACCUGCGCCUUAGGCGUGCCAGCUGUCUUUGGCAUGAUAUUGUAUGCAGCACUCUGGGGAAAAGGACAAACAGCGCAAGAUAUGGGACACGUUCUAUUUUCACUAUUUAAUGUAGCGUGGGCUUCAUUAUAUUUAGAGGCGUGGAAGCGGUAUUCUAUUGAACUCGCUUUUCGUUGGGGUACCUUAUCGACACCCCCAGAACUACUGGAACCUCCUAGACCACUUUAUAAGGGUAUUUUAGUAGAAAAUAAUGUAACUGGACGACUUGAACCAAGAGAAGCACCAGCGUGGAAGCGUCGCGCUUUUCGAUACCUAGUCAGUUUUCCAGUGAUCGGAAUGUGCCUCGCGAUUGUUUUUGUUGUUAUGUUCCUGAUGCUACGGUUCCAGGAUUGGCUGGAUCAUAAUAACAUACCUGAUAGAGGAAUUGCUCAAUGCAUGUAUAAUUUGCACAAGGAUUGGUGGGACUCUAAAUUGCCUGAAGAAAGCAUUUUAUGCUGUUUUAGUGUAAUACCAAAGGUUUUAUUGGCUGGGGCAAUAACCUUACUGGAUGAAGCUUAUUAUAAAUUGGCUGUCUGGCUAAAUGAUCACGAAAACUAUCGUCUUCAAUCGAAAUACGAAAACCAUCUUAUAGCAAAAGUAGCUCUUUUCCAGUUCGUCAACUCAUUUUUGUCUUUAUUCUACAUUGCUUUUUAUCUUCGAGAUGAGGAUAAACUAAAAGAGCAAUUGGCCGGGUUGUUAAUUUCACGACAAAUAAUUGGGAACCUUCGUGAGUCAGCAAUACCUUACUUUAUUGAACAAUGGAAACUAGCUAAAUUGAGCUUUAAUAUGUGGGGUGCACUCAGCCCUACACAGGAUAUCACCCGAACUAUAAUGGAUUCCGGUGUUUCAACGACCACAUCGACAGCAUCCAUUACUACUGUAAAACUGAAAGUGGAAACACCACACCAAACACCUACGAGAUAUGACGACAGUAGCCCAUUGGUAAGAACUACAACUUCAUCAUGUAAGCGAAAUAUCGGGCAAGCAGAGAUCGAAAGUACACUUUACAAGUACGACGGGACAUUUUCCGAUCAUUUAGAGAUGCUGGUUCAGAUGGGUUAUGUAGUACUUUUCUCUGCUGCUUUUCCACUGGCCGGUUUAUGUGCGCUCGUCAACAACUUGAUGGAGAUACGUUCAGAUGCCUUCAAGUUGGCUCAUGUUCACCAAAGACCGUUCGGUCAGCGUGUGGCUAAUAUUGGAACCUGGCAAAAUGCGUUUAGUAUUUUGUCGCUGGCUGCAGUCAUUGUCAACUGUGCGUUGAUUGGCUUAUCCGGGCAAGUUUCACGUCUAUGGCCCGGUCUAACAACUGCUCAAACAAUAAUUUUGAUUGUUACCUUGGAGCAUAUUAUGUUAGGGUUGCGUUCUGCGCUUACAUGGUUGCUGCCUGAAUUGCCGUCGUGGUUGGCAGCGGAAAUCGCACGCGCCGAACAUUGCCGCAGAGAGAUGCAAUGCAAGGGAACUUCACCGCGACCCACACCACCGACACCUCCAUCGACUACUUCCACACAGCCAGACCAGGACGCUUUAAUUUUAGAAGGCACAACCACUAAUGAUCAAUCAAUUGAGAGUCAAGUCCCUGAGGAUAUUUUAUACCAAGAGCAGUUGCGGCAAGGCUCAAACUAUACGCAAAUGGAUGAAAUAGUCAAUUUCGGCCUACAACGCAAUGUUGAAGCAAAUGUGAAUAUAUUUGAGAAUCGUGAUUCUUCGCCAGACUCACCACCUUCACAAACCAGUACUAUACUGAUAAGACCUUUACAUGAAUCAACACCACCAAACAGUGGAUCAUCUGUGACGAGCUUAUUACAGGAGACUGGCCACGGACACGGCAGCGCAUGUAAAAGUUGUAUGCUGAAAAUGAAAAAAGCGGAAAUACCCCCAUUUCAUGGAUAUUCAGUUCGUAAUUUAAGCUCAAUUCAAGCUAAUCAAAGAUUGCACUCUUUUUCAGGAGCUUCUCUAAGCAGUGCAAGCACUCUGGCAUUAAAUACUAUCCGUCAGCCUAUACAAAUAUCAGAAAUACCGCCUUUCCGGAAAAAAUCAAGUGACUCAGCUGAUCAAACUGGUAGCAGUGCGAGCAGUAGUCCGCAGCACUCCAAACAUCCGCUUAUUUCGACACCUCCACCCAUGAUACAGCAUCAACCCACAAAAAUACCGGAGAUACCACCUUAUAAACAGCGCAAAAUCUCGGCAGAAAGUGCCACACAUAUAAAUAUGAGUGAUAAGCUUAUGCUUAAGGCACAUGCACCCGAGUGGAUGUCCCGCUUGAAAGUCAGCGAUAAUAUAAACUUGCAUAGGAGUAUAGAUUGUAUUGCCAAGGAGUUACAAAGUAGUACAGACACAACGGAUAUCUUAAAGCCAGCACCAUUGAGUAAUGUAGCCAUAAAAUUGCCUACUCAACAGCAAUUAGCUGUCUCCUCAUCAUCUUCAUCGGCUGGGUGGCAUUCGGCAGUGCUGGCGGCAUGGGUACAGCCAUUGGCAUUUUGUGGCGGACAGUUAAGGGCCCGGCCUAGUGUGGGUGGCAUUUCUACUACAUCGACCUCAUCGAUGCAACUUAAAAACUUACUGACAAUGUCAAAAUGUACAACAGCAGAGAUAGUCGCAGUGAAAGGGAACACAGGUAGCACAACGCAAACGGCAGCCAGCGAGGAAGCUAAAGCAGCGGAGAUUGCAGCGAAAAAAUCUCGCUUAAAGCAAAAGCUUGUAAAAAGUGCACGAUCAGUUGGUAUAUUCUCGCUGAAACUAAAAGAGCGGCGACAGCGUGAAGCCGAAAAGGCGGCAACAAUUGCCAUUGAACAUGCCAAGGCUUUGGCUAAAUUGCCACCCAUACCGCAACCAGGCGGCGAGCUAUCUCUCAUACCUAUUGAGCAGCUAAUACAAAUCGAAGAUAUAAAGCCAACACCAAAAGCACAACCCACUACAUCGUCGACAGCAACAAUGUUAGCAGCGACAAGUUUGUCCACUGCUGUGAUUUCACCACAAGUAAUGACACCCUCAUCGAGCGCACUGGCGGCGGCGAUGCAGCAAUUUCAAAGCUCGGGAAAUCAUUGAAUAAAAGCAGUAGACGCGGUUAAAACCCAAUUUGGUCAAUUGUCAUUAUGCAAUAAAGAAGUUGGUGAGAUGUGAAAUU